UUGGCUUUUGUGCCUGUCCCAGGAUGGUUGGUAUCUCCUUGGUGUGCCUCUCUGAUCUCUGCCUACUCGCCUGAUAUCCCUGCUGAAAUCAGCUGAUCUCUGCUGACUCCCCUGAAAUCCCACACUCAACUGAUCUACUGCCUGCCUUCUGCCGCCAUGUCGACCUCCAAGCAGCGUCUCAUCCAGGGCAUGCACCAGGACCUCAGCUGCCCCAUCUGCCUCAAGCUGUUCCAGUCUCCCGUGACGACAGAGUGCGGGCACACCUUCUGCCAGGACUGCCUGUCUCGGGUGCCCAAGGAAGAGGACGGCAAGGCCACCUCCUGCCCCGCCUGCCAGGCCCUCACCAAGGUGGAGCAGCUGCGCAUCAACCAGCAGAUGGAGCACCUGGUGGAGUGCUUCCGGCAAGUCCCCCGCGACCACUGCGAGGAGCACCUCGACCCGCUGAGCGUCUACUGCGAGCAGGACCGGCAGGUCAUCUGCGGGGUGUGUGCUUCCCUGGGCAAACACAAGGGGCACAACAUCAUCACGGCUGCUGAGGCCCACCAGAGGAUGAAGAAGCAACUUCCACAGCAGCAAGUCCAGCUGCAAGAAGCCCAAGUGAGAAAGGAGAAAACUAUUGCCCUGCUGAACCGGCAAAUAGCAGAAGUGGAGGAUACAGUGUCUCGCUUCAAGCAGCAAGUGUCUGAGCACCUGGGGGUGAUGCGGGCCUACCUGGGGGCGCUGGAGGCCUCUCUGGGCCGGGAGGCUGAGCGGGUGCAGCAGCAGGCCACAGACGCCUUGCAAAACGAGCGCAAGACGAUGACUCGCUACCUGGACCAACUCAAGCAGAUGGAGGCUGUGCUGGGGGAGGUGCAAGACGAGCCGCAGACGGAGUUUCUGAGGAAAUACUGCCUAGUGGCCAGCAGAUUGCAGAAGAUCCUUGGAGAGUCCCCACCCAUUGCCCGCAUGGACAUCCAGCUCCCCAUUAUUUCAGAUGAGUUCAAGUUCCAGGUGUGGAGGAAGAUGUUCCAUGCACUCAUGCCAGGCUUGGAGAACUUGACCUUUGACCCAGACACUGCUCAAGCCAACCUUCUGGUGUCGGAGGAUGGCAAGCGGGUGGAGUGUGUGGAGCACAAGCAAGCCGUGAGCACAGACGACCCGCAACGCUUUGACAAGUCCAACUGCCUGGUGUCGCGCCAGAGCUUCUCUCAGGGCGAGCAUUACUGGGAGGUGACGGUGGGCGACAAGCCCCGCUGGGCCCUGGGCCUCAUCUCAGCCGAGACCGGCCGCAAGGGCCGCCUGCAUGCCACCCCGUCCAAUGGCUUCUGGCUGGUCGGGUGCAAGGAAGGCAAGACCUAUGAGGCCCACGUGGAGCACAAAGAGCCCCGGCCGCUGAAACUGGAGGGGAAGCCCACCCGCAUCGGCGUCUACCUCAGCUUCGACGAUGGCGUCCUGGCCUUCUACGAUGCCAGCGAUGAAGACAACGUAGUCCAGAUCUUCGCCUUCCAUGAGCGCUUUGUGGGUACCGUCUACCCCUUCUUUGAUGUCUGCUGGCAUGAUAAGGGCAAGAACAGCCAGCCCCUGAUCAUUUACACGCCGGAGUCGGAAGGGCAGUAAUCGACUGGUACUGUCAGAAGAAGUGCUCUUAACCACACCCAAUCCAAUUGUAUGUUAUAGAUGCACCCAGGCCAUGCCCAAUCACGGACCCUGUUUAAAAGUCCAAGACUAUCCAGAGAAGCUUGAGCCAUAUUUCAUAUCCCCAGGAAAGUUGGCACCCCAUACCCUACAUGACAUCCAAACAGUUUCUACAUAUGAUCUGCAUGACCGCAUAAGCGUCACUAUAGAGCCCCUGGUGGCGCAGUGGUAAAACUGCCGCCCUGUAACCAGAAGGUUACAAGUUCGAUCCUGACCAGGGGCUCAAGGUUGACUCAGCCUUCCAUCCUUCCGAGGUCGGUAAAAUGAGUACCCAGAAUGUUGGGGGCAAUAUGCUAAAUCAUUGUAAACCGCUUAGAGAGCUCCGGCUAUAGAGCGGUAUAUAAAUGUAAGUGCUAUUGCUAGUGCUAUUGCUAUAGCCCUGUUCCUACAUUAUGUUCAACAUUGUACAGUCUGUGUACAGUGAAUACAGGUACAGAUCUGUAUGCAGGUGCAGUUACUUACAUGCUCUGUUGAACACAGGUACUGCAGUACACAUCUUAUCUGGAUCCUCCAUAUGUGGGGAGCCUAUACCCAGAUUCAUGUUAACAUGAAUGGAAGUACUGUAAUUAACACAAGAACAUGUACAUAUGUAUAGACAUCUAAACACAGGUACAACUAGAGAUGUGCAGAUCUAGGGGGAAAGGGGGAAAUUUUAUUAGUUUGUUUUAUUUCCCACCCUGGAUAUUUUGGGGGGGGGGUUCU